AUAUAUAUAGUUUUUGGUUUAGUUAAUUAAGGAACUAUUUUUAAUUAUAUAGUUUGUAGUACUAUAUUAAAACUAAUCUGACCAAGAAUGGAAAAUUUAUUUGAUAAGAUGGAGUUUUCUGUGAAUAUGACAGAUUCUUCUUGUGUAGACAAAGUAUCAAGUUCUCUCGAUCAGCUGCAAGGAAUCAAAUCUUUUGAAGUGGAUCUAGACAAGCAGAGCGUCAUUGUAACAACAAAUCUUCCCUCCAGUAUUGUUCAGGAAAGUUUAGAAAGUACAGGAAUGUUGGCUGUUUAUAGAGGUCAAGGGGAAAACUCUGUCAAUCUUGGUGCAGCUGUUGCAAUUUUAAAAAAUGAUCAUCAAACAUAUGGACUAGUGAGAUUUGUACAGAAAGACUUAAAUUCAUGUAUUAUUGAUGGAUCAAUUAGCAAGUUGAGUCCUUUUUGUAAACAUGCUGUACACAUUCAUGAACUUGGGGAUUUAAGUAAUGGCUGUGAAAGCACUGGUGACGUGUACAAUCCAAUGCCAAGCACAAAUGAAAAAGUUGUUGGAGAUCUUGGAAAUAUAUCUGCUGAUUUGAAGGGAAAUUCAAUAUUUAAAUAUAUUGAUCAUUACAUUAAGGUUUGGGAUGUUAUUGGUAGAUCUGUUUGCUUACACGAAAAGGAUGUUGAUUUAAAAACGUCUAAACAUUCAGAUGCUGGUGAAAGCAUUGCUUGCGGAAUAAUAGCACGAUCUGCUGGUAUGCUCGAAAAUUCGAAAAAAGUUUGCACUUGUUCUGGCAAAACAUUAUGGGAAGAAAGAGAAGAAACUCGGGUCCAUUAAAUUAAGAUUUAAGGUUUUUAAUUAGAUUUAUAAAAGCAACUCUGAUGACCAAAUUUUGAUGAAUCUGAUUAUCUUCUUCAAGUAUGGUGUAUCACUAAAAGAUUUAUCUAUUUUAUAAAACAAAAUUCUUUUAAUGAUCGUUUCUCGGUUCGUUUAAGUGCAACUUAUGUAACUAUUAUUAGUGUUGUAUAACUAUAAUUGUAUGAUAUAUAAUUAUAUAAUGUUAUAUAACUACAAUUGUAUAUAACUGUAAUACUUCUGAAGCCAAAAUAUUUGACUUCUCUUUGAA